CAAUGAUGCAAGAAAUCGGUGAAGAAUUUGAUCCACAAGAACCUUAUACUCGCCGUCUAAGCAGUAUUCUUGACGAAUAUCCUGAAGGUUCACAAAUUCUUCGUGAAAUUCUUCAAAAUUCUGAUGAUGCGAAGAGCACUGAGCAAAUAUUCAUAUUGGAUCAUAAUACUUAUCCUUCGAAUCAUUUAAUCGAACCGAUAUUGAGUAAUUAUAAAAAAUUCGAUUUGAAACUUGAUAGAUAUCAAGGUCCUGCCUUGUUAUCGAAGAAUAAUUCCAUGUUUGAUGAAAGAGAUUUGCUAUCCUUGAAAAAAUUGGCCAAUAGCGAAAAACGUGAUCAAUUUAAUAAAAUCGGAGUGAUGGGUAUCGGCUUCAAUUCGAUUUAUCAUAUUACAGAUUCCCCUUCUUUUAUUACCGGUGAUAAACUUGUCAUUCUUGAUCCACAUAGAUGGUAUUUUAAUGGUGGUUUCCAAUUCAACUUUGUCCAAAAGUGUUUAGCCGAAAAAUUUCCUGAUUCAUUUGCUCCUUUUAGAAUUCCACCUUUUAGUAUCACGUGUGAUGAACCAUUUAAAGGAACUUUAUUUCGUUAUCCUCUCCGUAAUGAUACGAUUUCUGAUAUUUCCAAAAAAACUUUUAAGCCUAAUGACAUCUUGGAAAUCUUUCGUAAAUUUUAUGAAAAUGAAAGCGUUAAUUGCUUAUUGUUUUUAAAAUAUGUUGAACGUAUUUCUUUUUACGAAUUGAAGGAAGGUGCCGCUGAACCCGAAUUAUUAUAUACUAUUCAUUUAGAGAAUGCGGAUUUGAUCCGAGAACAGCGUCGGUUAUUAGCGGAAAACAUUGUCCCGAUGAUGGAUUUAUUAAAAUCGAAGAAAUUAAGUAGCAAUAGUCAAUUGGAAUCAUCUUAUGUUGCACACUUCUGUCGCCAGAAGGGGAAUUCUAAGGAGGAUACGGUCUCUUGGUUAAUUUUGAAUUAUUUAAAUGACUUGCAAGAAACCGAGGAUUUCUUUCAAAAAAAUUUUGGAAAAAAUAUAAGAAAUUACAAAUUUAUUCCCAACGUUGGAUUGGCCAUCCCAUUAAAUGAUUUAAAUGUUUUAGGAAGAUUAUUUUGCUUUUUACCAUUUCCCAUUCAUAUGCCCUUUCCCGUUUCAGUACAUGGAUAUUUCGCGUAUAAAAAUUUAGUUUGUUUGAUUGCUCCAACUCUGGAUUAUGAUGCAAAUAAUUACGACUUUUUAAAAAUUCUAGACCAACCCGAUAUUAAAAUUGUUUUAAAGCAAUUGGAAAUAUGUUACAAUGGAUUGGCAAAAAAUCAGACACCAGAUGAGUUGAAAAUUAUUUGUAACGCGAUUUAUGAGUAUUUGAAUAAACUUUUCCAUAGGAGAAAUUUCCGCUUUAUGAUAAAAAAAGAAUUAGAACAUAAACCAUGGAUCUUUUAUGGAAAUCAAUUUUAUACAAUUGAUAAAAUCUUUACCCGCCUUCCAAAUGAAUUUAAGGAUAAUGGCUCGUUAAUUGAACUUCCUUUAGAAUAUUCAGUUCAAUUUGGAUCCAUGUUCAAAGCCAUGGGGCUUCAAGAUGAAAUCGGGGUCAAUGGUUUGAUUUUGAUUAUUAAUAAUAUGAAUGCGGAUGAUGCUGAAGCGAAACGGUUUUCGGUAAUAAUAGAUGAGAGGCAAUAUUAUGAUUACAAUGAAUCUUUAUUGUCAGAAGAAAUGAACUAUUGGCAAGGUCCUGCGAUAUGGAUAUAUAAUGAUGCUGAAUUUCCUAUCAAAGAUUUUCGGGCUUUGACCAAUCUUGGAGUUGGAGGAAAAUCUCAUGAUGACACAAAAAUCGGAAGAUUUGGAACAGGAUUCAAUUGUGCUUAUCAUAUCACAGAUUUACCAAGCAUUGUAAGCGGAAAAUAUAUCACAUUUUUAGAUCCAAAUGGUAAAUUUCUUCCUGAAAAGGGGUAUCCUCCUAAAAGGCAUCGUGGUACUAGAUUCAAUUUUAUUGAAAAGAAAUUUAAAAAGAGUUUUUCCGAUCAAUGCUGUCCUUACAAGGCUUUAGAAGGGCUUGAUUUUAUAGAUCAUUGUGAUUUUAUGGAUACGUUUAAAGGUUCAUUGUUUAGACUUCCGCUUAGGACUCGUGAAACGGUAGGAAAAAGUGAAAUUUCGAGUCAACUUGUGGAAAUUAGUGAUAUCUUGCGAGUACUCGGUAAAAUACAGGGAAAUAAAGAAAUGCUCUUUUUAAGAAAUGUAGAAAUAUGUAGUCUACACCUCCUAAGAGAACAAUACCAAUCUCCUCAAUUGGUAUGGCAAGCGCAAAUUAACGCGUCAAGAACUUGUCGUGGAAUGCGUAAAAGCGUAACCAAUGAGAUGCAGAUCUACCAAUUGAAUAUCGAAAGAAUUAAUAUUCUAAACAAGAAAGAAUCAGAACAAUGGAUUUUAUGUACAGGAGGACAUGAUAGAGUCAAAACAAAAUUUGAAAAAUUUGCAAGAGAGAAGCGACUCAAUGUAACAUAA